AUGUCAUUCGUACGCCUAUCAUCGCUUGUAUUUGUGCUAUUUGCAGUAGAAAUAGCAGCAUUCAAGGUAAAUGGUCACCAUGACCAGCCUAACGCAAAUAAUUACGGGCAUAUGCGCCCAUAUACUCACGAUCCUCGCCUGAGGGACGAGCCUUUGAUUUUGACACAGGAUCCACAAAGCGAUGACCUCGUAGUAUCGGAAAGUCCAAUGUAUGGACUUAACAGGCUCAUACAUGACAGAAAUAGACGUAAUGCAGCGAAUGAGCCUCGUUACAGAGUAGGAACGACAGUCUAUGUCCGCAACGGAGCCCUUCGUUCAUCAAAAGGAACCGUAUUGUACAAUAAACCAAUGGGAAUCGGAGAACCUUAUAAGGUUCAGGUCGCUCUCGACUGUAGAGACCGAGUAGGACUGGUAAAUGAUAAACGUUUUGGGUACCAUGGAACUUCAAGUUGGUUCUUUGAGGAUGAACUCACAGAUCAGCCACCAAAUAGCUUCGGAGAACAAGAGUACAAUAAAGAAAAACCAGAGGGUUCGGAUCACUUGUCAAGGAUAAAUCACGUUGAUCUUAUGGACUCUUAUGACCCAAGGGAUAUUACUGACAUUUACAAUGAAAUAAUGUCCAGAGGACAAGCUCAUAAAUACACCUCUUUUAUCGCAAUAACGCAACUUGCCAAGGCGUUUCACUGGAGGAAAAUCUACUCUGCAUUUAGAUACCAACAGCAACUGGAAUUACUCAACCACAUUUACGAUGUAGUUGUUUCAAACGAUAUGCUAGAUCCAAUGUAUUUGUCUUGGAUGAUUUGGUCAUUGGGAGUGUUUACACCAUCAUACGAUGCCGGAAAAUUUACGCGCCAUAUGGACAUAUUCCGCGAGGUUGAGUCAAAAAUUACAAUGUAUACCCUAACGAAUUACGACCAAAGCUCCCUGGCCGCAAUGGCUUGGCCAUAUUCACGAUUGGAUGGAUCAGGUGCUCUAUUUUUACAGAAUGUUGCAAACAAAGUAAUAGAUAUACCCAUUGAGGAGCUGGAACCAUCAUAUAUUGCCACAAUCUCCUUUUCCCUCUACAGAAAGUCCAUUUAUAAUAGGAAAUUUGCUGAGCAUAUUUCUAGGCUCAUAUCAGAAAGAACACACAAUAUUUCAGCAUAUGAAGCCUCAAAAAUGUUACCGCUAUUCUCCCUGAACCCUCGGGAAAUGUCACAUACCGUAGAGGUUCUGGGAUCAAUAAUAUUCGCCAAUGAAGGAUAUGAUAGGAAAGGGGGGUCCGUCACAGACAAGACAUUUGUAAACUUGAUAAAUGGUUUUUCCCGUACUGGUAAUUGUUUUAGGAUGCUUACGGAUUAUGUUUAUCGCACAAAUCCAAAACUUUCACAACAAACUUUGGAAAUGGCGCUCGCUGCUAUAUCAGAUACACCUCGCUCUAGAUUAGGAUCAUGGAUAAUUGAGAAACUUACUCGAAAGAUUGAUAAAUGUUCUGAUAAAUCUUUCUUACUGUUGAUACGUUACGCUAUAAAAUUCCGGACACUACCUGAUGAAUUCAUUCCUCUCAUUUGUGAACGUAUCCUUUCCCCAUUUUCAAACUAUGAAUUAACACCAGUCACAAUUAUUGCCUCUUUUUGGUUGAUUUUAUCAAGAAUAGACCAUGACCCGGCGAUGUUUUUGGAACUGGCUGCCAAGCUAGAUAAAAUCUGUGAACACGUGUGCCCUGUAGAGGUAGUUCAAACGUAUGAUAUUACUAAGGCAUUUUACACUCUUUCACUUUUGCAUGAUAAUUCUCAAGUUAACAAUAUGGAUCUAAAGUAUCCAAAUAUAAUAAACACUUGUUUGUUUGCGCUUAGAGCCUCUUUUAAUAUAUUACCCAUGGGAUAUGCUGGUAACUAUAUCAGUUAUUUGACCACAAUUGCACCGAACCUUGUAAAUACAUCAGUAACAUUGGCCAAAGAAUGGUUGGAUAAUCCUGGAAUUGACAUAGAUUCGUACGAAACACCGACAAUAAGACUUGCAGAAAUUCUGCUAUCUGUCAAGAUGGCAUUUGAAACUAAAGGCUUUUAUGAGGAUCGGAACCCCGAACCUAUAUCCUUAUCUGCUAAAUGUAGUUUGGAGGGAAUGAGAAGAUUUGUAAUGGAUAGUGUAUCCCACUUAGUUGAUACGACAAUAACUUCAAGGUGGCCCUUUUCAUUCCUACAAGUUCUGACACGAACAAAGAUGAUUAAUUACAUCGCCAGAGAGGACGAACUACUACAAUUUUCUAUGAAUGUCGCAGACACUAUAACAAAUACUGAUUUAAAUAGACUAGUUAAUUCACUAAAGGAACUAGACUUGUACAAUGAAAAGUGGGAAUCCUUUGUACACUCGAUUCCAAGAGGAAUUGAAAGAGUAUUGAAUUAG